AUGGCCCUGCACUUGCUUCGCCCUGAGAAUAUCGCGUUUUUGAUCAUGAAGCGCCAGAAGCAAGUCGGAAAUCUCACCGCGUUCUUCCUUCUGGUUGCAGCUUUCGCGAUCACAGAAGCAAAGCAGAAGUCAUACGAAGGGUAUUCGAUCAUUCGCGUGCUGCCUCGCAACGACAAGGACCUCGAGUACUUGGCAGAUUUCCGCUCAAAGACAACCACCUACGAAUUUCUCAAUGAUGGCAUAAGGCGGGAUUUCGUCGACAUCUUGUCUCCCCCGAUAAUCAUCAACAUGACCCCUACGCAAGAACCAGGACGAGCAAUGGAAUGGGAAUCCUACCAUCGCCUGCAAGACAUUCACGACUGGAUGGAUGAGCUCGCUGCAGCAAAUGACUUCGUUGAAACUGAAAUCAUUGGGCAGAGUUACGAGGGCAGAGAUCUAAAAGUCUUGAAAAUCAACACUGCUAACUCACCGGUUAAAUUCUGGAUCGAUGGAGGCCUUCACGCCAGAGAAUGGAUAACACCAGCAACAGUCACGUACAUCAUCAAUGAAAUGGUGAAUAACUACGAGGCGAACAAGGACAUUGUGGACGCAUACCAGUGGUAUAUCCUUCCUGUGCACAAUCCCGAUGGAUACGAAUACUCACACACGGAUGUGAGAAAUUAUGACCGAAACACGACAGAUUUUGGAGAGGGACACGUCAAGAUCACGGCUCCUCUUUUGGAUGUAUCGGGCGGUGCAAGCGGUGAUAAAUGCAGCGAAAUUUACGCCGGACCUGAGCCAUUUUCCGAACCAUGCACCAGAAUCGUAUCUGAAUACAUCUUGGGACUGAAUGCCGACGGAAGUUUGUUGGCAUUCUUCACAAUUCACAACUACUCACAAAUGUGGCUGACGCCUUUCGGAUACGACUAUAUCUACCCAGACAAUUACGCCGAUUUGGUGAUUUCGACGAACAUUCUGGAAAGUAUGAAAAGAACCGGUUUGAUUGAGAGAAUUAUUGUUUCAGGAGCGAAUAUCAACUCGGGUCCAUCUGACGACUGGGCUCUUGGAGCCGCUCAAGUUCCCUUCGUGUACACUCUGGAACUCCGAGAUACGGGAGAAUUCGGAUUCUUGCUUCCAGAAGAACAGAUCAUUCCCACAGGAGAGGAAACAGAAUGGAUAACACCAGCAACAGUCACGUACAUCAUCAAUGAAAUGGUGAAUAACUACCAGGCGAACAAGGACAUUGUGGACGCAUACCAGUGGUAUAUCCUUCCUGUGCACAAUCCCGAUGGUUACGAAUACUCACACACGGAUGACAGGUUUUGGAGAGGGACGCGUCAAGACCACGGCUCCCCUUUUGGAUGCAUCGGUGCUGAUCCGAAUCGUAACUGGGAUUUCCACUGGAUGGAGGGCGGUGCAAGCGGUGAUAAAUGCAGCGAAAUUUACGCCGGACCCGAGCCAUUUUCCGAACCAUGCACCAGACUCGUAUCUGAAUACAUCUUGGGACUGAAUGCCGACGGAAGUUUGUUAGCAUUCUUCACAAUUCACAACUACUCACAAAUGUGGCUGACGCCUUUCGGAUACGACUACAUCUACCCGGACAAUUACGCCGAUUUGGAGCGAGUGGGUAAAAAAGGAAUGGAUGCUCUCGCGGCGUUAUACGGAACCAAGUACAAGUUCGGACCUUCAGCUAUCGUACUCACUUCAACAAUUCGUUUUCCUCCUCGUUCUGUAGAUAUCAACUCGGGUCCAUCUGACGACUGGGCUCUGGGAGCCGCUAAAGUUCCCUACGUGGAAUGGAUAACCCCAGGGACAGUCACUUACAUCAUCAACGAAAUGGUGAAUAACUACAAGGCAAACAAAGACAUCGUGGACGCUUACCAAUGGUAUUUCCUUCCGGUGCACAAUCCGGAUGGAUACGAAUACUCGCGCACCAAUGACAGACUUUGGAGGAAGACGCGUCAGAACCACAACUCCCCUUCUGGAUGCAUUGAGGGCGGCGCGAGCAGCGAUAAAUGCAGUGAAAUUUACGCCGGACCGAAGCCCUUUUCCGAACCAUGCACGAGACACGUUGCGGAUUACAUCUUGCGCCUGAACCAAGAUAAAAGCUUGCUGGCAUUCAUCACAAUUCAUAGCUACGCGCAAAUGUGGCAGACGCCUUUCGGAUACAACCAAACCUACCCAGAUAAUUACGCAGACAUGGAGAGAGUUGGUACGAAAGGAAUCGACGCUCUGACGGCGUUAUACGGAACGGCAUACACGUUUGAUAUCAACUCCGGGCCAUCAGACGACUGGGCUUUCGGAGUGGCUAAAGUUCCCUACGUGUACACUUUGGAGCUCCGAGAUACGGGAGAAUUUGGAUUCCUACUUCCUCAAGAGCAGAUCAUUCCCACGGCAAAAGAAACUUGGUCCGGCAUCAAGGCUGCUGCAAAGGAAAUUCUUGCUUGAAAAGUAAUAAGCAUUAAUCAAAAUAUGCUCGAAUACAAGCUGACGAGAAUUACCGUAUGCUGUAUGAAAUAGCAUCUGUUUCUCAUCGAUUCUCAGUACGUGGCACAUUUUUCAAGAAUUUGGAGUGAAUAAGUACGCACGUGAAAUCCCUAAAAAAUUUUCAGAGCGUAUUAAAAGCUUUCCUUCAUUAAAGAAACUGUAAACUUUCUGUGAGAUGUGAAUACUGUAUUGAGGUUUACUUAAAAAUACUCACGCUCCUAGGUUUCUCGAUGGCAAAGUAGAAUACAGUAAUCCUUCCCACCGUUUAAUCAAGUGGAAGCGAAAUUUAUUACAUA